UUCGACGGGGGCAUAAUCGCCUCAGAAAUGCGUGAAUUUAGGAAUUCGUUCCUGGCGUUAGGACCCUGUAGGUACUAUUUGGAAACACUGGAGUCUUGAGCUGUGUCAUGACGUCAGUGCUCUAGCUCAGGCUGCUUGGUUUUUAGACGGUGCAGCAGCGGAGACCAGGGGAACACGGCCGUGAGCAGUGGAGGCAGCAUCACCGACUGGGUUGCCUCUGUUACUUCAGGAGCAGCCGAAGAUUAAUAGGGGGGAGAGAAAAAAAAACGAAACCUGUAUCCAAAUCACCAGUAAUGGCUUCAUCUGCCAGCGGAGUGGAGGAAGUUCGAGUGUCAGUCUUGACCCCAUUGAAGUUGGUGGGUUUGGUGUGCAUUUUUCUGGCACUGUGUCUGGAUAUUGGAGCCGUUUUGAGCCCUGCGUGGGUCACAGCAGAUAAUCACUAUUAUCUCUCACUGUGGGAUUCUUGCUGGAAACCUGCGAACUCCGACAGCUGGCAGUGUAACUCUACUCUCAGUACUGAUUGGCAAAUUGCGACCUUGGCCUUGCUCCUGGGGGGCUCUGCCAUCAUCCUCAUUGCCUUCCUGGUGGGUUUGAUAUCCGUCUGCAUGGGCUCCCGGAGACGCUUCUACCGGCCAGUCGCCGUCAUGCUCUUCGCUGCAGUUGUUCUUCAAGUCUGCAGUCUUGUCCUGUACCCCAUCAAGUUCAUAGAGUCUGUCAGCUUAAGAAUAUACCAUGAGUUCAACUGGGGGUAUGGGCUAGCCUGGGGAGCCACCAUUUUUUCCUUUGGGGGUGCAAUCCUGUACUGUUUGAACCCCAAGAACUAUGAAGAUUACUACUAACACUGCAAACUGCCACAGCUACCUGGGGUACCAACAAUAUUACUUUUCUAAUAUUAUUUUGUCUCCGAGGAGCAGUUUACAUGCAGUACUUUCUCUGCCUUUGGCUGCAAAAGUAUAAUACCUAACAAAGACAAUGAGGAUGGGUGGGAGAAAAAGGAAAGUAAAUAAACCAUGUUUUCUUAGAGCUUAACUGACCUAACUACUGAACUGACUAAAUAGUUUGCUUUUUAUGAAGUUAAGAUGAAAACUAGUAUAUGAAAGAGGAAACAAAAAGCAAUGCGAUACUUUGGAAAUGGACACGUCCUUCAGUUUGCAUUAUGGGAUUCUGGCACUUCUACUUUUGUCCUUCAGAACCUGCUCAUUAAAUACGGCUGCAUACAAUACGAGUGAUGCAGAUAUCAAAGCCUCCUGGGAAGAUUUCUUUUUUGAGUGCGCAGUGACCAAGAAACUCUCCAGCUGUGUGAAGGAGCCUGCGUUGUCACCCAGGUGCUGGGAAAUUGUUUUGCUUUGUUAAAGGGGCCGACUAAUCAUCUUGCAGAAAAUCAAGGGGCAACAGAAUCACCUGAAAGCUGUUAUUGGGUUUGAUGCCAGCAAGAAAUUCAAAAUAAUUGCAUCAUUCAUAAGCCGCAGUGCUAACAGCUAAUCUGGCUCUCUGUUUCGUAAAUCCCUUUCGUAACGUGGGUGGGUUUUUCCCCCCUCAAACCAAUUACACUGUCAAUUAUACUGUAGGGAGAUUGUAGAGGAAAGGGAAAUGGUUAUGGAAUGUGAUGGUGCUCUAAUCCACAUCACCCUUUAGCAGUGCUUGAGGGUGGGGGGGACGAAAAGGCCCACAUAAGGCAGCCUGGAAUUAAAUACGGAUUUGUUGGGAGGAAGUUAUAUAGAAGACGAAACUGUAAAACCUCUGUGUGAUCUGGCCUGGUGAAUGGAAAUGAAUACAGGGUCCUGUUCCAUUUUUCGUUCCUUUUUCAAGUCGCACAUGGACCCCAGAAGCCAAGGGGAAAUACGCAAAUACUGUGCAGAGUUUGUUUUUUGAAACUCUUUUCGCCUGACUAGUUAAUGUUUCGAAAAGAAGUGGGAGAUUUCUCAGCCCCGUUGUUGUAAGUUUUCCUUUACAGGGCCACAACCCUACAGCGGAAAUUUCUAGCACACCACAGGACAAGCUAAACUGUCAAACAGAUAUUUACGGUCACAAUGCCAAACCCCAGAAAUGGAUAAUUAUGGAAGGCUGUCUAAACAGAGAAGAAGAAAAACAGAAAUGCAAGACAAACUUGGCUUCUUUUUGGUGUCAAAGAGUGUUUUAUUGGGAAGCAAGAAGAAACUGUGUUAUUUCAAGUGUGUAAUAGCAUAAUGUUAAGCCUCAUUAGUUACAUUUUUUGACUAAAGCCCAAUAUAUACUAUUUCCUGUGAUUCAGUUGUGGAAGCCACCCUUUACAUCUCCAACUGCGGUUUCUUACACCUAUGAAGUAUACUAUUCUUCUGACAUUCCAAAUGUAUAAGGACUUCUGAAUAUCCAAAUAAAAUAUGUUUUUGUUACAUUUUUACCCAACAAAGGCACAAAUACACAAAGGAAAAAUAGAAACCCUACAACAGUACAUUAGCAUUUGUCUAUGAUGCUGUUACGCUUUCACCCAGACAACAAUUGUCAUUACCUACACAGAAUAAAGCUGUCAUGUCAUUCAUAGUUAUUUUCAUUUGGUAAUAGAAGCAUUUGACUAUCUUAAAUAAGGAGCUUGUUAUGAAGUUCCAUUAGUAUUUAAACAGUACACAACAAAGAGCUUGGAAAAAAAAACAUAUCUACUAUAAAACGAAAAAUUCAAAUUUUUCAUUUGUAAUGUAAAUAUUGGACCAUUUUAAAGUUGAGAGAUUCCACAAAUCUUGUAUAAGUUUGCGGAAGGAUGCUGUUAGAUUUGGAUUCUGAUUACAGAUCCCCAGUUUGGACCAUUAAUGUAAGUACGGACUGUUCUUUUGUGGAAAUGCAAGCUCUGUCGAAUAUUCUCCCUCAAACUGUCUAUAACUUUUUAAACUCCACUCUUCAAGGGUUUUUAUUACACGCAUACAACUGAACAGGCUUGCAGUAACUCCCUAUAGUAUAGCAACACAAUUUAUAUAUAUAUUAAUAUUUAUAUAUUAAUUUAUGUAAUCUAUAUCCCCAAAACCUCGGACGUAUGCCCAUUAAACUGUGAAUAAAGCCACUCAUUUAUUUAUCUUAUGAUCAUAUAUGAUCAGGAUUGACAUGUCAGCCAUAUGCCAUUAUGUCUGACUGAGUUUAGUGAACAUCACAGAGAUUGCUCCAACUACAGUACGCAGUCCCCCCCAGUAUGCAAUCCAGAGACCUACACCACCCUGCCAUCAUUGUUAAUGAUGCUGAAGAUGCCUCCAGCACCUGAAUCCAGCUGUCUUGCACACUUCCAUUUAAGCUUUGAAGAUGAUAAACUGUACAAUAUAUAUAAAGACUAAAUAAAUGUGUCAAUAUAAAUGCUACAUUAUGGAUUAGCAUGUUAUUGUAAAUUGUUGAAUGAGCAUUGAAUAGACCAUCAAGUGAGGUCUAAUGUAUGGCUAGCAAUGUAAUUUAUUCUGAGUUCACCAGUAUUUUUGUACAGAACUGUGCACACUAACCUAUUGCCUCUGUGUCCUCUACAUUGCCUCAGACUGUGCCUAGACAUUUUGAUUUGUCUUCUAAGAAUCAGAUGUAAUUCCAUGUACUGGAUGGCAGUAAUGUUUGUUUUAAUGGCGUCCUACUCAUUGCUUUCAAUUUUGUCACAAAAUAACUUUUCAGUUCGUUUCAAAUGUAGGAUAAUAUGUCUUGUGGUUUAGGUGAGCCAUUAAAAUAUUCUGGUUAUUGUUCCUUGUUUAAUGUUUUCAUGUUAGAUUUUGUGUUAUUAAAAUAUUAAUGGGAGUUUAUAAACAACUGUUUAGACCACGUGACAAGUGAACGGAGAUAUUUACUUCGGCUGACUGCCGGAUCUCAGCCAUCCUGCAUCUGUCACUAUAUAGAUCAGGACAGACUGCAGUUUCCAUUUUCCACUUUUGUGUUCUGGACUGUGUGAAGUGAUGGCUGUCUGUAUUAGCUCUUUCAUGAAUAUAAACAGAAACCUAUUGGCUAAACACUUUUCUGGUGGUGCUUUUAUGUAUUUGAAGUGUAUUCAUGUGGAAGAAUAGGGCUUUUAAUACAUGGUAUACAUGAUAGAAUAAGCAUAUUAUGCAUGCUUAUUCUUUAAUGCAUACCGUGUAUUACACUAUCUUUAUAAAUAUUAAGUGGUUCAUUCAUUUUGUUGCCCAGAGUCUGUAAUCUGCAGCCUAAAGAAGCUCAGGCACAGUCUUGAAAAGAACAACUGUUAACAAAGCAGACCUGAGCUAUGGAAGGUUUUCAGUAAUUGACUGUCAUACAACCAUUGAUCCAGUUAUCUCGACGGGCGGGCUUUUUGAUAACCGUCUGAAGACCUGUACACAGGCUAACUGCAUAUUUUAAUUAAGAUUGAACUAAUAAUUUAGUCAAGAUUGUCACUUCACAUGAGAAGUCCUUAUAGCUUUGGGUAACUGAGAAAAUGAGUGUUCAUAAUAACAGACUAAAAAUGGCUUUUGUUUUUAUGGGGAAAAAUGCAUUUCCUAUGUCAUAAGUGGGACUGAUGAAGUUGGAUAGCAAAAAAAGCCCCUUUUCUUGUUUCUGCAGUGAACACAUGGCUUAGCCUCAAUAAAAAAAAACUGCAUUGAGAGUGCCACUGAAAUGCGUUGUGUCUUUAGCUACAACUGUUGUGUGAGUUGUUUUGCAGUACAGUACCGUAUCUCUGAUGGUGAUCUAUCUGGACACAACUAACAUAAUAAACAUGAAAUGAAAGAAA